GACAAAAAAAGAUCCGAGAGUAGCAGAAGCGAAAUUGGCCAAUGGUAAUGGCUACGGUGUCGUAAACGACGAGCUAAUUGAAAGUUGGGCCAUAACUGUCGUUUAAGCGUGCUAUUUGUUGUGAGAAAACAACCCAACUUAUCCUAGUUGUCUCCAGAGCAAACUAAAUGGGUCAUACUCUGUUCUUGGGGUUUUAGCUGCAAGCAAGCAAAGGGUUUUACGUAGAAGAAACAGUAAAACAGCAGGAAUCACACAAUUCUGAAAUUCAUUUUCACUCGCUCAACAAACUAAGUUGAAAUGGCUCUGCAACAUACAUUAAGGUUUCAGAAAUUGUUUUCGCCUAUACAUGAAUACAAAUUCAAAGAUUUUCCUUCAGCUGCUGGUAUUAAUUCUCAUUCUGAAGCAAAAAGAAGAAAUAAUGGGGUUUCUUCCUGUAGUUCUAGUCGCUCAUCAAAAUUUUUAAAGGUUCCUUUGCAGCUGCAGGGUGGUGGAUUCAGAACUGUCGGAGUAAGAGCUUCUCGAUCAGUCAAAACACUCAGUUCCAAUGAUGGAAAGAAAAAGCGAUGGGAAGAAUCUAGCGACACUGAUGAUGAUGACUACGAAGAUAGUGACGAUGACAAUUCUACAGGAAAAAAAAGUGAGGUGAAUGACCCAUAUCUUAUGGAUGCUGAAGAGAGACGUGAAUGGAGAAGGAAAAUUAGAGAAGUGAUUGAUAAGCAUCAAGAUGUUGAAGAGGAGCUGGACCUGGAAGAAAAGAAGAUAAAGAUGCAGAAGCUCCUAGCUGAUUACCCCCUUGUCGUGGCGGAGGAUGAUCCUGAUUGGCCUGAAGAUGCGGAUGGGUGGGGAUUCAACUUGGGUCAAUUCUUUAACAAGAUAACUAUCAAAAAUAAAAAGAAGGAUGACGAUGAUGAGAACUAUGAUAGUGAGAAUGAAAUAGUGUGGCAAGAUGAUAACUAUAUUCGUCCAAUCAAAGAUAUUACUACUGCAGAAUGGGAAGAGACGGUGUUCAAAGACAUCAGUCCGUUGAUUAUUCUUGUACAUAAUCGCUAUAAAAGACCAAAAGAAAAUGAGAAAAUUCGAGUUGAACUGGAUAUGGCUGUGAACAUCAUAUGGAACUGCAGGCUACCUUCUCCAAGAUGUGUUGCAAUAGAUGCUGUCAUUGAGACUGAUUUGGUCUCUGCUCUAAAAGUAUCUGUGUUCCCAGAAAUUAUUUUCACUAAAGCAGGGAAGAUCUUGUACCGUGAGAAAGCUAUACGAACUGCAGACGAGUUUUCGAAAAUAAUGGCAUACUUCUACUAUGGAGCUGGCAAGCCACCAUGUUUGAAUGACACUGGAGAUAGCCAGGAAUUGAUCCCAUCUGUUCCUAUCAGCAGCUAAAAAUGCUAAAAUUAAAAUUGCACGGCCAGUUCAAUAAUAAGUGAAAGCUUCCACAGUUAGGAGCUUCCAUAUGUACUUGUUGCACUUGUAUUUGUACUAAAUUCACUUCUUUGCAAGAAAUAUAGGGGUCCUUAUAGCCAUAGUCAUCUGAUCAUAAAUGUAACUUGAUUCUUCUUUUGGAAUAUGGUUGAAAAAGUUUCUUACCUGCAUCAUGCUCUACAGAGAACUACAAAUAACUUGUUAGGAACUGCAGAAAUGCAGUGCCCUAACUGGUGUUUAUUAGCUGAGAAGCAGGAAGAAAAUAUGAGAGAGAGAGAGACAGAAAUGGUAAGCUAUUAUUGAAUUUGAAA